AUGAGUGGAAAUCAUAAAUUGAAACCUGUGAUGAUCUCGAAACCUAAAAUGUCAAGAUGCUUUAAAUCUUAUGACUAUAAAUGUUUCAUUGAUUAUUAUAGCUCAAAACGAGCUUGGAUGACAGGAACAAUUUUUACUAACUGGCUAUUAAACUUUGAUUACCAUCUUAAAAAUGAAAAAAAGCAAAAUUUACUUCUCAUGGACAAUUGUCCUUCACAUUGUGUUCCAUCAAAUUUGGAUAACAUAAAAAUAUUGUUUUUUCCUCCAAAUAGUACUGGUCUUAUUCAACCUAUGGAUUUGGGUAUAAUAAAAACAGUUAAAACACAUUUUACUCGACACAAGUUAAUGUAUUUGACUGAUUUGUUGGAACAGCAAAAUAUUUCAGUAUACAGUUCCUACAAAAAGUUAACUCUAAAGGAUAUUGUAAUUUUCGUAAAAAUGGUUUGGGAAGAUGUGUCUGAAAAAACGAUUGCAAAUUGUUUCGGAAUUUUAAGCAACCCAUUAAAAAAGAAUCAUGUAGUUGAAGUUCAAGAUAUUGCAGUAGAAAAAACUGACAUUUUUGAUCCCUUAGAAGUCGAAGAAUUUCUUAAUUUUGAAUAUUCUGAAAAUGAUACAUUUCAAGACGUUGAGGAUAUUGAAAAUAUAAAAAAUGAAAAAGAAGUAGAAGCUGAAGUAGAAUCCAAUGAUUCAAUUGACAAAGAAGACAUUGUGGUUAAGUUAACUAAAAUUGAAAACGAGCUCCUAAAAAACAUUGAGAACGAACAUGAAGUUCAAUUGAUUACAUCCAUAAGGCGCUAUAAGGAAAAUGUCAUUAAAACUCAAAAAAAGCAGAUGGGCAUCCAAUUCUACUUUAAGAACAUUAAUAAUGCUUAA